AUGUCGCAAUCGCCCGCCUACCACCACUACCUCCGCGCACUCUCCCGCUGGCCAAAAGACGCACUCCGACCCGAAGCCCAAUUCCAAGACGCCAUCCGUCGAAGAAUCGAACGAAUUUCUGCUGCCGGCAAAUUCGACGAGAAGCGGGAGUUAGGCCAAUGUAAUGCGCUUUAUAGUUUACUUGAGGAUCGAUAUCUGGGGAAGUACCCUCUAACAUCCAAAACGCUCAAACCCGCCAGCAACCCAACAUACUACGAAGAUCUCGUCAAAGAACUCGAAGAGGCGCCUAAAAGGAGUUGGUUUCAGCAGCAGGUGAAUAAAUGGAAGGGAGCUUUGCGAUUUCAGUGA